AGCAUUGCUCACUGCACUAUAGUCUCAGCUUUUUUGGUGCAUAGAGAGAGUGAGCCUGUGAGAAGGAGAUAGAUAGAUAUAGAAAAUGGCCACUAAUAGUCAAAAGAUUGAUCUUGAAAAACCCUUAAUUUCAAUCUCUAAGGAAUAUAAUCUUGAUUCCAAAAGAAAAUUCAAUAAAGAUGAGAUUUUUGCAGAAGCAAAGAAACAGAUAUUCUUAGCAGGACCAAUGAUGUUUGUGAAUCUUUUGUUGUCACUUAUACAGACAAUUUCAGUUAUGUUUGUUGGUCAUGUUGGAGAAUUAGCUCUUUCUGGAGCAUCAAUGGCCACCUCCUUCGCUUCGGUUACAGGCUUCAGUUUGCUGGUCGGGAUGGCGUGUGCAUUGGACACUUUCUGUGGACAAUCAUACGGCGCAAAACAGUACCAUAUGCUUGGGAUACACAUGCAGAGAGCCAUGCUUGUUUUGCUUCUUGUAUGCAUUCCCCUAGCUUGUAUUUGGGCCACUGCAGGGCACAUUCUUGAAUUACUUGGACAAGAUCCACAAAUAGCAGCAGAAGCUGGAACUUACGCGCGUUACAUGAUCCCCACCAUUUUUCCCUUUGCGCUUCUCGAGUGCCAAUUUAGAUUCCUACAGACUCAAAACAACGUUGUACCAAUGAUGCUAACUUCGGGGAUAACAACGUUGUGUCACAUACCUAUUUGCUGGCUUUUGAUCUCCAAAUUAGGCCUUGGAAGCAUAGGCGCUGCCCUGGCAAACGGUAUUGCUUAUUGGACUAAUGACAUUUUCUUGGCUCUCUAUAUCACAUUGUCGCCUUCGUGCAAAAACACUUGGACUGGUUUCUCAAAAGAAGCAACACGAGAUGUCUUGAAGUUUCUCUGGCUUGCGGUUCCUUCGGCCAUUAUGGUCUGCUUGGAAAUUUGGUCAUAUGAGAUGAUGGUGCUUUUAGCUGGUCUUCUCCCAAAUCCAACACUCGAGACCUCAGUUCUCUCAAUUAGCCUUAACACGAAUAGCAUGAUUUACAUGAUACCCCUCGGACUAGGAAGUGCAAUAAGUGUACGGAUUUCAAACGAACUGGGUGCUGGACGGCCUAGAGCAGCUCGACUAGCAGUGUUUAUGGCCGUAUUCAUGGUGGCGGCUGAAAGCAUCGUGGCGGUGGCAGUAAUCAUUCUGGGACGCAAGAUUUGGGGAUACUGUUUUAGUAGUGAAGCACGGAUGGUCGGCUAUGUUUCUGAUAUGAUGAUUCUAAUUGCUGUCACCAAUUUAGCAGAUGGAGUUCUCUCUGUCCUAAACGGCAUUGCUAGAGGAUGUGGAUGGCAAAAAAUUGGUGCAAUUGUAAAUUUGGGAUCCUUUUAUAUUAUUGGAAUCCCUUUAGGCAUAUUGUUGGCAUUUACCUUACAUCUUGGAGGGAAGGGUCUCUGGACAGGAAUCAUAGCGGCUGUUUUCGCGCAGACAUUAUUCCUGUCGAUCAUAACCAUCCGGACUAAUUGGGAGACAGAGGCAAGUAAGGCAUCUGCCAGGGUUUAUGACUCAACAAUCACUGUUGUGGCAUAGAACCAGAAGUGGUGAAAACGACAGCUCCCUGAAUCAGAUAAUGUGCACGAAAAUCAUCAGAGAGAGGUGAUCCAGUAAAUGGAGUGCAGAAAAUCUUGGAAUUUUGUAAAAUAUUAUGGUUGUUCCCUGUUGGCGCUGAUUGAAAACAUUCUGGGAUUAUGUGAAA